UCGAGGGUGGGCAGUCAUGGUUUCUAACACCUAGCCAGUUAAGCUUCUUCUUUCUGGGAUUUGAAUCUUUUUCUUGCUGGGAAAUGGAGAUAGAAAAAUGUAAAAGAGGAUCUUCAGCAAAAGACAUUUUGUCCCAAGAGAAGCUGAAGGUUCCUUUGGAACCUGGAUUUUUGGGGUUCACCUUUGUGCCCUCAUUUGGAAGACUGCCAACUCAAUGCUACCUUGCUGACUGCACAACAUUUUGUAAUGAAGUGAUUGCUGAAACAAAGGAAUUGGAGAAGCCAUCUGCCAUAGGAGGUGAAAACAAGGGAGCCGGUGAAGCUGCCAGCUGCCCCAACAAUAAGCACAAACUUUUCAAACUCAAAGAAGAUAAGGCAAAGGGAGGGAACAUGAAUGGGAAUGGUCUUUUCAAGGCUGAGUUUGUUCUCAUCACAGACUCAGAUGAAGAUACAAAAGCUAUUUUAGGCAAUGGCUACGGACAUGAAAGUUCCAGGAUUUUAGCUGCAUCCCAUGUGUCUAGCGGUGAUGAGUGGAAAGGACAGGGGAACGUGACCCAGCCGCCACAGCACACUGACCUUCCCUGCAGUUCAGCCAGUCAACAGAAACAUUCUCAGUUAACUUCUCCUCUGUCUACCUCUGAUCACCUUUCCCAUAAAUCAGCUGCUGCUCCUUUACUUUCUCCAACUAAUCUGAAAAUAGAACACGAACUGGCUGUUCCAGGCCAUCAGGCUUCUUCUCAGCAAGAAUCUCAUAGCCGGUGGCGGUCUGCAGAUGGAUCCUGCAUACACCAGACAUCCACCUAUUUCCAGUCUACUACUUCUUCCUCCACACAAAAAGUACCUCCUUUCCCAUUUGACAGCCUUGCAGAUAGUGCUCAGUUACCCAGUAAUAUUCAGACUCACAAACCUGAAAAGGAAUCCUCCCCAUUGCCACCAUUAUUAAACAAGGAUUCCUGUCCUCCUUUACAGGUUCCAACUUCAGCAGAUGCUCUUCAGAGCUCGUCCCCUCAGUCCUAUUCUCCUCUUCCUUCCAAGAAACUGGUCCCAUGCCCCGUGGUUCCCAUUUAUAUUACAACACAUGUAUUAUCACCAAGUCCCAACCAAUUGCCAUCUUCUCUACAUGGUUCUUCUUCAAAUAUAUAUAAUGUAAACAACCCCUCUAGCCAAAUGUCAUCAAGUGGGAAUCUGCCAGUGUCUGGAAUUAAAUCUCCUCUUCCAAGUAGACUCUCUCUUUUGACCGCUAUUCUGAAGUCAGGGCCUUCUCCAAAAAGGCCAUUUUCUCCUGCAUCUUGUCCUGCCACUUUUUCUCCCAAUUCCUUAGAUUCUUCAACUCUGGCAAUUGAGAAGAAAUUUAAAUCUACCCCUCCCACUCCCAAGAAAUCUGCUUCACAUUUUUCCAUCAGGUCAGAUUCCCCAUGCCAGGACGAAGGUCACCUUUCGGUGUUUUCGAAUGCACCAAGCCAUAUGAUGUUCUCCUCAAAGUCCAGUCCUACCCUUCAAACUUGGUCUCUGUCCCCUAAAAGGACUCUUGAUACCAGGGCAUGUUCCCCUGACAAAUUGCGUCCUUUGUCACCUGCAAUUUCCUCCUAUAGAAAAACAGUUGUAUCUCCUCUGUUAAAACCCAAACUGACCAAUUUUUCCUUACCUCCCCAUGGGCCAAGGCAAGGGGCCCUCAAAACACAAGAGCCUGAAAAGUCUACAAGGGUACACACCUGCUCUCCCACUUUCACAGCCAAGUCCUAUCCUGUGUCAAGCCUUGCGGUCAACCAAAGGGACAUGAUCUCUACCACAGCACAAAAAUUGUCUUUCUCUCCAACUCCUGUGCGUUCUGGUAAUCAGCCUAAAGAGUAUUUGCUACAUGACUCUGCAAAGGACCGAAAUACAAAUUCAACCACUCAUUGGCCUUUUUGUCACCAAGAUUCAACCUCAUCUAUUCCUCCAGGCUGUAAUACCAACUCCUCUUUGCUUCAGACACACGCAUCCCCUCUUCAUUCAAAUUUCAGAGCUUGUCCCCUCUACUCAAGACACAAGACCCCAACAGUAACACCACACAGAUCCCAGGCCCGAAAGCACUCUCCUUGCGCACAGUGGUCAAGAUCAAGGGAGACUAGCUCACCGCUAUCCUUUUCCUUGCCUUCUGAUUGUGAGAAUAAGGCUCCUAAGUCAUAUAAGAUCAAUGCAAGCUACAAGACAUUUGCAGCCAUCCCAACAAACACACUGCUUCUAGAACAGAAGGCACUCGAUGAACAAACCAAAACAGAACUAGAAGUUGAGGACAGCGCUUUGGAUACACAUUCAGAGAUGUGCUCGCCUGCCCAACUCAGGCAACAAACUGAAGAACUUUGUGCUGCUAUUGAUCAAGUCUUACAAGAACCUUUGACCAGGCGCCGAUGCAAUUCCUCUCCAGGCUCCCUGAAGAACAUACUAGAUUCCAAUACAGGCAAAGCAUCUACAGCUUCACAGAGGUCAGCUGGGCGGGAAACAAAAUAUGCCAACCUCUACUUAACAGCUCCUGCAGUGACUGAGACUGAAAAGAUUUAUAUCCCGCCUUUCCUCCAGGAACUCAAGAAGGCACACCUCCAACGACCCUGUGAGACAAAGCCUGGGGUAAUCCGACCAACUACAGUAAAAGCAAAAAUAAUAGUAAAAGAAGAAGAGUCUGUUCAGCCAAACCCAUUCAAAAAAUAUUUGGAAGAAAGAAGUGAUCUUCAGACAGAACAGACAGCUCAUCCAAUUGUCCCUAUUCCUGAAAACAAAGCACUCAGUUCUAAAGAGCUUUCCUCUGUCAGAAGAAAAGACAAACUACCCUACCAAGAAGAUCUAAGUGAAGGAAAUUUUCUAGACGAUGAAAGUCCGCACCAAAGAGGUCACUGUCCACUCAGGAGAGACCCAAGAAAUAGUUUUGCAAAACUCAGCUAAGCCUGUUCAAUCAGCGUGGAGAAUGAUGGACAGGAUUCCAGAUUGCAUGAAAAAUCCUGGCAUUAUGGAAAUAUAAGGAAUGGCAAGACUGGUAGAAAACUCUUGUAAUGUAUAAUAACAUUGAGCGCGUACACAGAAAACCCGAGACAUCUUUACAACGGCCCUGGCAAGCUAACCUCUAUAACUGAUUUAAAAACAACAACAACCCACAAGUCUGGAUUAAAAAGGAGAAAAAAGUGACAUCUCUAUGCCUGAAACAGCCUGAUUGCAUCACAAAUAGGAAUCUGAACGAGCAAGGUAGUCCAGCUGAGAAUGCAUACUUGUUCUACAUAUUAGUUACAGUGUACGGUAAUGUAUUUUAGAGAAGAUAUACAUCACUUUUCUACAAUAGAAACGAAGCAAAAGAACCAUUUGUCAUAGCAGCAAAAGAAAGAAUAAAAGGUAAAUGCGAUAGCCAAAAGCAUUUGGAUUGGACAUUAAAAAUAAAUCCAGGCAAAUAAAACUAAUCUGCCUGGUUUUUCCAAACGGUCCUCUUGAGGACUGGAUGUUUCCUAGGAUCUUUUUUUAUAAGAGGGAAAACUGUUUCGGUCAUCCUGACCUGAGCCCUGGAAGGAUGCAGAGGUGAUUCUCUCCCUUAUAUUUUAGACAGCUGGCAGGAGAAUAAAAGGUGAAAUGUUCCUUUUUAUAGCCUGGCCCCAGUCCAUACAAGAUUUUAAGGUAAUCAAAAAUACUAUGUUGGAUUAUGCUCAGAACUGGUAGCCAGUAUUGUCUAUAUGGUACAAUUAGCAUGCAUUGUAAAAUGGGUUAGGAUGAAGAUAUAAGGUUGCUUAUAGACUGUAGUAUUUUACCAUCAUGCCAUUCAGAUUACCUUCUGGUACUUUAUAUGUUUCCAUGGAAUGAAUUUGGCUGCUGAGGGUUUCUUUUGAAAUGAAGAUUUCAGACAUAUGGCGAUGAUCACAAACUAAGCCAUCUUGAAUGCUGUGAGAUUUCCAUCUGAAUUAAAGGAGGCAGGAAAAAAUAGUGUGACUGGAGCAAACAUUUGCUGUGUUCAGAGGCAUAUCAUUUCUAAAUAAAGACUGUGUUCAAACUAUUUUCCAAUGUAUUAGGUAGUUAGGUCUACCUUCAAAUGUUAGUUUGGUGCAAUGAAUUUCUUUCUGAUCACAAAAACGUUAUAUAGAACAUUUACAGAAAUGUUUGUAUAUAAUAUCUGAACUGCAAAUAUUUAAACUAUAGUAGUGUGGAGAUUUGCUUUCUGUAUAUAGGAUAUUCAUUCUUCGUGAUUCACAUGAAUGUGUAUCUAGUUUUCUUUUUAGACAUAAUUUAGAAUAUGCAGAUAAUUACUUACCAGUCUGGCCCAAUGCUGACACACAAGCCAUGCUGAAAUAAGCAGAAAUGUUUCAACUUAACAUUGCUUCUCUGUGUAAACUAAAUAUAAACUAUUGUAAUGAAUUUGGUUGCUGAGCAUAUGUCAAGCAAGCUCAAAAAUAUGGGCAGACCCAAAGCCAGAUGUGGAUUGACUAAGGAAAAUAUUCAUACCAUCUCCCAAACUGUUGACUGAGUGUUUAAUGUAUGUAGUGAAGAAAAUCAUUUGUUUGAAAAAACCACAUAACAUUUUCAAAAAGAAAUAAAAUGAAACUAUAUUGUGCAAAGCA